GAGGUAGCUCCGCUUUCACUCCCCUGAUUUAUCAUUCGCGCCUGCACCUCUCAAUCCCAUCCCUCAAAAAAUGGAAAUUUCUCUCCAGCUAUUCCUGAUCCUCAUAGCUUUCUCUUUGAGCUUACACUUAAAAAUCGGCCCUGUUUGGAGUCUAUGUCUUGAGGAUCAGCAUUCGUCACUGCUAAAACUUAAGCAAACACUCAUUUUCAACCAUGCUCUUUCAUCCAAGCUCGUUUCCUGGGGUAAUUCAUCAACCGAUUGCUGUUCUUGGGCUGGCGUCACAUGCAGCGGUGGUGGUCAUGUUAUUGAUCUUGACCUCAGCCAUGAGUCCAUUUCUGGUGGGAUUGACAGCUCAAGUAGUCUCUUCAAUCUUCAACAUCUUCAGGGCCUUAAUUUGGCUUGGAAUCUGUUUUCUGGGUCCAUUCCAUCAUCUUUUAGCACGUUAAAGAAUUUAACUGAUUUGGAUCUCUCUAAUAAUAUUUUGUCAGGUCAGAUAAGUUCCAUCCAUUGGGAAAAUCUUUCAUGUCUUGUGAAUCUUCGGUUGUCUAACAAUUCACUAGAGGGAAUUAUCCCUUUGUCUCUGUUUUCCCUUCCAUCAUUGAAGAAUUUAUAUCUCCAACGCAACCGGUUCUUUGGUCAAAUUGGUGACUUUCCUGUUGUAUCUUCUUCUCAGCUGGCAACACUUGAUUUGAGCAGUAACAGGUUAGAAGGUUCAAUACCCAGUUCUUUUUUCAAGCUUCAAGGUCUUCAGCAACUCAUUCUUUCUUCCAAUAACUUUAGUGGCACUUUAGAUCUAAGCAUCAUCCAGAAACUUGGAAAUCUUUUUACACUUGAUCUUUCUUUCAAUCACUUGUCGGUGGAGGAUGGUUUUGGUAACAUUGAUGUCACCAGUUUCCCUCAAAUACAGGAAUUAAGGUUGGUCUCCUGCAAGCUGAGGAAAUUUCCAAGUUUCUUGAGAAACCAAUCAGCUAUGUCAGUUUUAGACCUUUCAGACAAUCAAAUUGAAGGAGAAAUACCCGAAUGGAUUUGUGAUGUCCCAAGCAGGUAUCUCAAUCUAUCGCAUAAUUUGUUGACAAAAAUUGAUGGAUCUUGUGGCAGACGUCUUCUAAAUUUCCUGGAUCUCCACUCCAACUUGUUGCGAGGGGAUAUCACUAAUGUGACGCGAGCGAAAUUCAUAGAUUACUCAGAGAAUCAGCUCAACUCUGUUAUUCCUACUGACAUUGAUAGUUUUUUGGCCCGGAAUACUGUUAUAUUCUUGGCUUCGGGCAAUUACCUUCGUGGAGUCAUCUCGGAGUCGAUAUGCAAUAUGAGUUAUCUUCAAGUCCUUGAUUUGUCUCGUAAUUUUUUGAAUGGCACUGUGCCCUGGUGUUUGGUUAAUAUGACUCAGAGUGGCUUCCUUAGUGUAUUGAAUCUAAGGAGAAACAACUUGAUUGGUACUAUUCCUGAUACAUUUUCAGGUAACUGUGGACUACAAACUUUGAAUCUCAAUGAGAAUUCUCUACAAGGAAAGAUUCCCAAAUCCUUGGCCAAUUGUAAAAUGCUUGAAGUUCUAGAUAUCGGGAACAACAGGAUAAGUGAUAGCUUCCCAUGUUGGUUAAGUACCAUAUCCACUCUCCGGAUUCUUGUUUUGAGGUCCAACAAAUUCUAUGGAUCCAUUGAAUGUCCGAUGAGCAAUGCAACCAUGUCUCUACUUCAGAUUGUUGAUCUAGCUUCCAACAAGUUUAGUGGAAAGUUGCCAAAAAACUUCUUUGAAUCAUGGACAGGAAUCAUGGUCGCGAAAGAUGAAGCCCCAGCUAAAAUCAUUGGUCAAACAUAUUAUAAGGAUACGGUGACAGUCACCAUGAAAGGUUUAGAGAUAGACUUGGUGAAAAUCCUAACAAUAUUCACCUCCAUUGAUUUUUCAUGCAACAACUUUGAAGGGGAGAUACUUGAAGUGAUGGGAGAAUUCCAGGCACUCAUUGUCCUCAAUUUGUCACAUAAUUCUCUUGCGGGUCUUAUCCCUUCAUCUAUAGGAAACUUACAUUGUCUUGAGUCCUUAGACCUUUCUAGUAACAACUUGACAGGCAAUAUUCCCCAACAGCUGGGAGGCCUGAAUUUCCUUGCAGCCCUUAAUCUCUCACACAAUCAACUGGAAGGAAAAAUCCCAAAAGGAAAUCAACUUCAAACAUUUUCAGAAGAUUCUUUCGAAGAUAACAAGGGAUUGUGUGGGUUCCCAUUGAGAGAUUGUGAAGCUAAUAUGCAGCCACCGCCUCAAGGCAACAAUUCAAAUGAUGGAACCAAGAUUGAAUGGAAUCUCAUAAGUGCUGAAGUGGGAUUUGUUUUUGGCUUAGCCAUUGUCAUUUUACCACUUAUGUUCAUGAAGAGAUGGAGGAUAUGGUAUUACAAGCGUGUUGACAGAGUUCUUUUCAGGAUUUUUCCUCAGCUAGAUCAAAGAAGUAGAAAUCAUGGGCGAAGAGCUCUUAGGACACCCUGAAGGAGGAACUAGCAGGCUGGUGAUGAAAUGGGAACACUGCAUCCUGAUAUAGUUGUUCCCAAAAUAAGAGAUGCCUACAUCCAAUGUUCUUGUUUAGUAUUCAGUUAGCCUUUCAAACAACCUCUCUGGUAUGAGAUUGAUGAGAGGUUAAGCCCUGCAUUUAUAUGCAUGUAAUCUCUUCUUUUCUCAAUGCCAAUUUCUUUUUUGAUGGGUCUUUGGACCUUCGCUUGUUCUUAUAUUUGUUGUUUCCUUUACAUGAAACUUAUAAAUUGCAUUGCCAACU